AUGCAGGGGAUGGGAGGGGUCUGCAUGAUGGAUGUCAGCUCGGCCAACAUCCUUCUGUCCGCCACGUCCUCGAUGGAGUCCAGCGGUAACACCUUACAGCUCUGCAGUACAGCAAAGGUGGCAACAACAGGCAUCGAGGUCCAACCAGGCAGGAAGUGGAGCGCAGCCAGAUCUCUGGAGGUGGCAGAAGGCUCCGGUGGAGAGUGCUGCAGCAAGAUAGGCCAGCAGUCAGAGAUGCUAGGUGCUGUCACGAAGAAGAAAAGCAGUGUUAGACAUAGUGAGCCUGUCAACACAGUGCCAAGCAGCCAAGAGAAGCCAAGGUGCAAGUGCAACCUGCAUGCCAACAGCUGUGUGUUUGACAAGGGGAAGCUGGGCUGUGAGUGUGAGCACAACACCACAGGGCCAGACUGCAGCCGCUGUAAGAGGCACUACCACGGAAGAGCCUGGAGUGUGGGCUCCUACCUCCCAAUACCCAAAGGAACGGCAAAUAUAUGUAUCCCCAGUAAUCACGGACCAGUGCAUCGAGCAAAUGCUUCAUCUCUUGGUGUUGCAAAUCGAAACCAAGCUCGAGUUUGUGACAACGCGAUGCUGCGCUGUCAGAACGGCGGCACGUGCCACCACCAUCAGCGCUGCCACUGUUCCCCCGGCUUCACAGGCGUCCUGUGCGAGAGGGCCCGCUGCCAGGGCCCCGGGGAAUGCGACGACCAAUUGUCCGGACGGGCCUUUUUCCAUCAUCCCCCUCCCAUCGGCCGCCAGCUAGCUCUCUUCCUUAUCCUGAUAUUGAUUGUUUCCCUUUGCUGAGAGACCUGCGCAGUCUCCCAUCCUCAACCAAAACCCUAAGACCGCAUAUGUUGAGACUGAACUCCCAACUUUAAGGACACGAAGGACUCAGCAUACAAUAGAAGCUAACUCUUUUGUAUAUCCAGCUGUGGGCGACAGUUGUUAUUAGUGCCACAGGGUGCGCACUGAUUUGUUUUACUGGACGCUAGAUGGAUUUAUGAAAGGAUGGGUGAAGUCAUAUAAUCUCACAGAGGGGAAGUGGUUGGAUGUAUGAUUGUGUGUUUGGUAGACUGGAGACUUCACCCGGAUAGAGCUACCUACCUACCUACCUACCCACGGAGAAAACUGUACAAAAAGCAGACACGCUAUUUCUAAGUAUCAUCUGCAGUUAUGAAAAAAAAAUAAUAAUGUGGACGGGGACAUCCUAAAAAAAAAAAAAAAACAACACAAAAAAAAAACAAAAAAAAAAACGUCUCGCCUCACUGCCUCCUUCCUUGUUACCUUUCACCACUACACUUCCCUUUUCUCCUCACUUUCCUGUGCUUUGGUGACUCUGGUGAUUUUUCUUUGCUGAAGGGUGUCUGUUGUUUUGCCAAAAUGCUGCACAUGUAUUCUUACCAAGCCCCUUAGACAAGUACCGACCUAGUACUUCUUAUGAUUUUUGUUUUCCAGAAGCUUCGUAGUCACGCUUGAGCUCACCUGUACGGGGGAAAAAAAAAAAAAAAAAAAAAGUUGUAACAUACUGUAACUGUAUUUAAUUUUUGUAUAAAACAGAUAUUUUCAUGAUUACCCGAAAGAAAAAGAUGUAUUACUUGUUUUCUAUUGCUGCCGAGCUGUCCUAAAUGUGGACUGAGUGAGUACGGAGUUUAGUUGUGUUGUUUCUUUUGCUUGUGUGGCACAUGGUUCUCCUGAUUUGAGAGCUGCUGUCAAAACUAUGUUUACAUACACACUUACACAAUACACUUCCACCAAAGGGAAAAAGAAAAAUAUGUCUUUGUCUUGUUGUUGAACAUAGUAAUUUUAUGAAGUAGUUACAUGAAAUUUAAGGCAAGAUAUGUAGAAUGAAACAGUGUAUUGUUUGUAGAUAGGUACAAGCUAAUGACAAUGGCUGAAUGUCGGUUACGAUUUUAAAGGAUUUCUGAACAAUGCCAACUGUUGACCUGCUCACUGAACUGAGCAACCGUUACUGGUAACAAUAUAUCAGUCAACAAAUAAUUCAAUGAUUCAAUGACUGAGGCUGUUUUUUUUCCUCUUAAUGUGCUGCAACUCCUACUUGUUGUGCUCAUGAAAUGCAAGAGAAAUCAGAAGAAUCUCCAGCAAAAAUCCCAUCAGAUGUGUGUAAAUCUAACAAAAAAACAGAGAGAAAUGAGCGAUUGCACGGCCGUCGCAGAGGUUGUCCAGCUCUAAUCUGUAAUCAGAUCAAAUCCUCGAAUCAAAUGGGAAGAAGGAGCGGGUUUUUCUGAGCCGGUAUAGGGCUGAAAGCCUGCAUCCUGCUGGGGGAGCCUCUGUGGAGCGACACGUUCAGGAAAUGAGCUUUAAUUCAUGAAUGGUCAAUGAAUAGAAAUGAAGUCGCAUCCCACAGGGUGGCAUAUUGAGCACUGAGACCAAUUUCAUUUGAGAGAUUAAUUUUCCUCCCGAGGUUGUCAUCAAACACCUAAUUGUGUUAGAGCCUACUGUAAGUGCCUCUCAUUAAACGACACUGUCGAUGAAAAGAGUAAUGCCUUUUUUGACAGAGACUCGUGAUUUUAAGAUUUGAAAGGGGGUUAAUUCAUUGCGUAAAGCAGCUGGACAGAAAUGGAUGUUGUUAAUCAGUAAAUAACACAUUU